UAAUGCGCACAAUAAAAAGCUUGUAAGGUAGCUUUGAGCUAUGACUUAAAACUCUUUGCUUCGAUUUCAUGAGCUGUUUUUAUUUUGGUAAAGCGAAGCAAAUUGUUCUUUUACCAAGAGGAUAGCCAAGAUGACGCGAGGUCCAAAGAAGCACCUCAAGCGGCUAAAUGCUCCUAAGCAUUGGAUGUUGGACAAGUUGAGUGGAAACUUUGCUCCUCGUCCUUCACCUGGUCCACAUAAAUUGAGAGAAUGCUUGCCAUUAAUUGUGUUCUUGAGAAACAGAUUAAAGUAUGCAUUAAACUACGCUGAAGUUACUAAAAUUAUGAAACAGCGCCUCAUAAAGGUUGAUGGAAAAGUUAGGACUGAUAUAUGUUAUCCAGCAGGAUUUAUGGAUGUUGUUUCAAUUGAAAGGACACAUGAAAAUUUCCGUCUGUUGUAUGAUGUCAAAGGUAGAUUUGUUUGUAACAGAAUAAGCGCUGAAGAAUCUGCUUAUAAAUUAGCUAAAGUAAAGCGAAGUGCUGUUGGUCAAAACUCGAUUCCAUACAUUGUUACCCAUGAUGGGCGAACCAUAAGAUAUCCAGAUCCAUCUAUUAAAGUAAACGAUACUGUUAUAGUCGAUAUUAAGACCGGAAAAAUAACUGACUUUAUUAAGUUUGAUACAGGCAAUCUUGUUAUGGUAACUGCUGGUCGCAACACUGGUAGAGUUGGAAUAAUAACUAACCGUGAGAGACAUCCAAGUUCCUAUGAUAUUGUCCAUGUUAAAGAUGUCACUGGAAACCAGUUUGCUACUCGACUUUCUAACAUUUUUUUGAUUGGAAAAGGUUCUAAACCGUUGGUUAGUUUACCUCGCGGAAAGGGAGUCAGAUUGACUAUUGCUGAUGAACGUGAUAGAAGAAUGGCAAAUAAAUAAAUAACGAAAUAAAAUUUCUCUACAUUU